GAGUUACUAGAAUCAUAAUCAAUUAUUUCUUAUCGAUGUUCCAUCUCUAGUCAGAGGUGACACGAGUACUUAAAAAAAAGUCUCAAGAAUUGUAGACACUACUUUACCGUAGGUUGUUGUCCAAAGAUUGCCUCUUAUCUUGGAUAACGUCAUAUCUCAUUAUGAGAGACAAACAAUAUGUAUAUUGCAAUAUUAGCAGUUGUUAGUAGAGAUUUGUAUCGAUGCGACGUAGUAUCGUUCAAUCUGUAGACUGAUGACUUGUUCGCACAGUAGUGAAUCAGUACCGACAAGCUAAUUUCGGUGAUUUAUUAUGGAAUACUGGACAAUAUUAUUAUCUAUUGUUACGGGAACGCUGGGUAUCCUUUAUCUAUUCCAAAAGUUUAAUUAUUUCAAGAGACAUAAUGUUACUUACAUGCCGCUUACUCACUGUAUAUAUGGUGUUCUGGCAUCGAUUUUAUUUCGUCAAAUGUCUUUUACUCAUUUACUACAAAAGCUGUACAAUUUCAACCCGGAAGCCAAAUACAUUGGAUUCUACAAUAUCACCGAACCAGCCAUCUUACUUCGUGACCCGGAGCUCAUGAAGGACAUCCUUGUUAAGAAUUUCGACAUCUUCCCCAAUCGCAGCGGUUUCACUGAUAUUAAUGAUCCCUUGUUCUCGAAGAAUUUAUUUUCUCUUCGAGGACAAAAAUGGCGAGAUGUAAGAACUUUGUUAAGCCCAGCAUUUACAUCCAGCAAGAUGAAAACGAUGUUCAGCUUGAUGAUGGAAUGCGCAGUGGACUUCACUAAGUGUCUCUUGAAAAUAUCAGCAGAUAACAGCAAUAUUAAUAUGAAGGACGUCUUUGCCAAGUACACGAACGAUGUGAUAGCCACGUGCGCUUUUGGUGUUAAAAUUAAUUCUAUGAAGGAUUCUACUAACAAGUUCUACGUUUAUGGCAAAGAUGCAAGCAAUUUUGACGGGAUAGCUGGUUACAAGAUAUUCUUCUCUUCAACCUUCCCAUGGCUGACACGAGUUUUCAACUUGAAAAUUAUAAACGACGAGGUAGCAAAUUUCUUCAAAGAUCUUGUGAAGACCACCAUCGACACCCGUGAUGCCAGAAACAUUACACGACCUGACAUGAUACAAUUAAUGAUGGAUGCCAGGGGCAAACGUGAGGCUGAAAAAAAACUCAGUAUUGAAGAGAUGACUGCGCAGGCAUUUGUUUUCUUCUUUGGUGGCUUCGAUACCAGUUCAACCGCGAUGUCUUUCAUUGCCCAGGAGAUCGCAAUCAAUCCAGAUGUCCAGGAAAAGUUGCGGCAAGAGAUCGAUAAAGUUCUGGAAAACUCAAACGGCGAAGUGACUUAUGAAGUUAUUAAUCGUCUUGAAUAUUUAGACGCGGUAAUAAACGAAACUCUCCGGUUAUAUCCACCUAAUUUCUUCUUAGAAAGAGUAUGCGUGCAAGAUUAUGAGUUGCCGCCCGCUUUACCGAAUGAAAAGCCCUUUACAAUGAAGAAAGGUAUGAAUGUUUGGUUUCCGGUUUACCCACUUCAGCGUGAUGAAAAAUACUACGAUGAUCCGGAAAAUUUUCGCCCGGAGAGAUUCUUGGACAACAAUACAUACCAUAACUCUCCGUAUUUCGCACCAUUUGGAUUGGGACCACGAAUGUGCAUAGCUAAUAGAUUCGCCAUUCUUGAGAUCAAGGUCUUGCUGUUUCAUCUACUAGCGCGAUGUGAGCUGAAACCUUGCGCAAAAGCCAAGAUGCCCAUAAAAUUGAGCAAGUCAAAUUUCGCGAUGGUUCCAGAGGGUGGGCUGGGCAUCCUUUAUCUAUUCCAAAAGUUUAAUUAUUUCAAGAGACAUAAUGUUAUUCACAUGCCACCUACUCCAAUAUUUGGUGUUAUGGCAUCGAUUUUCUUUCGUCAAAUGUCUCUUACUGAUUUACUACAAAAGAUAUACAAUUUCAAACCAGACGCCAAGUACAUUGGGUUCUACAGUAUCACCGAACCAGCCAUCUUUCUUCGUGACCCGGAGCUCAUGAAAGACAUCCUUGUUAAGAAUUUCAGUGCUUUCCCCAAUCGCUUGCGUUUUGGAGAUAUUCAUGAUCCCUUGUUCUCGAAGAAUUUAUUUUCUCUUCGAGGACAAAAAUGGCGAGAUGUAAGAACUUUGUUAAGCCAAGCAUUUACGUCCAGCAAGAUGAAAACGAUGUUCAGUUUGAUGAUGGAGUGCACAGUGGACUUCACUAAGUGUCUCUUGGAAAUAUCAGCAGAUAAUAGCAACAUUAAUAUAAAGGACGUAUUUGCCAAGUACACGAACGAUGUGAUAACCACGUGCGCAUUUGGUAUUAAAAUCAAUUCUAUGAAGGAUCCCACAAACAAGUUCUACGUUUAUGGCAAAGAUGCAAGUAAUAUUGACGGGGAGAUUGGUUACAAGAUAUUCUUCUCCUUAGUCUUCCCAUGGCUGACACGAGUUUUCGGCUUUACAAUUCUAAGCGACAAGAUAAUAAAUUUCCUCAAAGAUGUUGUGAAGACCAUUAUCGACACCCGUGAUGCUGAAAACAUUACACGUCCUGACAUGAUACAAUUGAUGAUGGAUGCCAGGGGUAAACGUGAGGCUGGAAAAGAACUCGAUAUUGAGGAGAUGACUGCGCAGGCAUUUGUUUUCUUUCUUGGUAGCUUCGAAACCAUUUCAACCGCGAUGUCUUUCAUUGCCCAGGAGAUCGCGGCGAAUCCAGACGUUCAGGAAAAGUUGCGGCUAGAAAUUGAUACAGCUCUGGAAAAUUCAAGUGAUGUGACUUACGAAGUUAUUAAUCGUCUUGAAUAUUUAGACGCGGUAAUAAACGAAACUCUCCGGUUAUAUCCAUCUAAUUUCGUCUUAGAAAGAGUAUGCGAGAAAGAUUAUGAGUUACCGCCCGCUUUGCCGAAUGAAAAGCCCUUUACAAUAAAGAAAGGUAUAAAUGUUUGGUUUCCAAUGUACCCACUUCAACGUGAUGAGAAGUACUACGAUGAUCCAGACAAAUUUCGCCCGGAGAGAUUCUUGGACAAUAAUAUAUACCAUAACUCUCCGUGUUUUGCACCAUUUGGAUUGGGACCACGAAUGUGCAUAGCUAAAAGAUUCUCCAUUCUUCAGAUCAAGAUUUUGCUGUUUCAUCUACUAGCGCGAUGUGAGCUGAAACCUUGCGCAAAAACCAAGAUGCCCAUAAAAUUGAGCAAGUCAAGUUUCGCCAUGGUUCCAGAGGGUGGAUUCGAUUUGAUUAUUCAACGUAGAAACGAAUUUAUUAUGGAAUAUUGGACAGUAUUAUUAUCCAUUGUUACGGGAACGCUGGGUAUCCUUUAUCUAUACCAAAAGUUUCAUUAUUUCAAGAGACAUAAUGUUAUUCACAUGCCACCUACUCCAAUAUUUGGUGUUAUGGCACCGAUUUUAUUUCGCCAAAAGUCUUUUGUUGAUUUAUUGCAAAAGUUGUAUAAUUUCAAACCGGACGCCAAGUACAUUGGGUGCUACUCUUUCUUCGAGCCUAUCAUCUAUCUUCGUGAUCCGGAGCUUAUGAAGGACAUCCUUGUUAAGAAUUUCGAUACCUUUCCCAAUCGCGCGGGUUUUGGAGAUAUUCAUGAUCCCUUGUUCUCGAAGAAUUUAUUUGCUCUUAAUGGACAAAAAUGGCGAGAUGUAAGAACUUUGUUAAGCCCAGCUUUUACGUCCAGCAAAAUGAAAAUGAUGUUCAGAUUGAUGACGGAGUGUGCAGUGGACUUCACCAAGUCUCUCUCGGAAAUAUCAGCGGAUAAGAGCGACAUUAAUAUGAAGGACGUCUUUGCCAAGUACACGAACGAUGUAAUAGCCACGUGCGCAUUUGGUAUUAAGAUCAAUUCUAUGAAAGAUCCCACAAACAAGUUCUAUGUAUAUGGCAAGGAAGCAACCAAUUUUGAUGGGGUGACUGGUUACAAAAUGAUUUUUUACGGAAUCUUCCCAUGGCUGACACGAACUUUCAAAUUGACAAUUCUAAGCAACAAGAUAGCAAAUUUCUUCAAAGAUAUUGUAAAGACCACCAUCGACACCCGUGAUGCUGAAAACAUUACACGUCCUGACAUGAUACAAUUGAUGAUGGAUGUCAGGGGUAAACGUGAGACUGGAAAAGAACUCGAUAUUGAGGAGAUGACUGCGCAGGCAUUUGUUUUCUUUCUUGGUGGCUUCGAAACCAGUUCAACCGCGAUGUCUUUCAUUGCCUACGAGAUCGCAAUCAACCCAGAUGUUCAAGAAAGAUUGCGGCUAGAAAUUGAUACAGCUCUGGAAAAUUCGAAUGAAGUGACUUACGAAGUUAUUAAUCGUCUUGAAUAUUUAGACGCGGUAAUAAACGAAACUCUCCGGUUAUAUCCACCUAAUAUCAUUCUGGAAAGAGUAUGCGUGAAAGAUUAUGAGUUACCGCCCGCUUUGCCGAAUGAAAAGCCCUUUACAAUGAAGAAAGGUAUGAAUGUUUGGUUUCCGGUUUACCCACUUCAGCGUGAUGAAAAGUACUACGAUGAUCCGGAAAAUUUUCGCCCGGAGAGAUUCUUGGACAACAAUACAUACCAUAACUCUCCGUGUUUCGCACCAUUUGGAUUGGGACCACGAAUGUGCAUAGCUAAUAGAUUCGCCAUUCUUGAGAUCAAGGUCUUGCUGUUUCAUCUACUAGCGCGAUGUGAGCUGAAACUUUGCGCGAAAACCAAGUUGCCCAUAAAAUUGAGCAAAUCUUUUUCUAUGGCUCCAGAGGGUGGAUUCUGGUUGAAUAUUCGACGUAGAAACCGGCCGUCUCACGUUCAAGGCUAAUGGAGCCCGAUAAUAAAGAAUAGCUGCACUGUGGACGCUGCUUUACUGUAGGAUGCUGUAUUGCGCUUGAUUCUUGUGUAACGUCAUAACCAGUGUGACACACCCAUGACAUCAACGUACAAAUUCC